AUGCAUUUCCCCCUCAACCUCCUCACCCUGGGAACCCUCUCCCUCUCCCUCCUCCUUUUUGGCAGCACAACCGCCAUAACCCUCCACACAAAAUUCCAAUACCGCACAAACGGAACCUGGCUCGAAAACCUGGCCCUGGGGCCAGCCCCCACUCCCAGGGACACAAACACCACCCAGACACUACUAGUAACCCGAAUGGACGUCCCCGAACUCUGGAAAAUCGAUGUCUCCACCGGCCAGGGAGAAGUGGUAGCUACCUUUCCCAACGCAACGGCCUGCAUGGGAGUGACCCCGCUGGCCCGCGAGGGGGUCUACGCGGCCGUUGCGGGACGGCUCCAGAUCACGGAUAUCGGACAUCCCGUUGUGGGGUCGUGGGGGGUAUACUCGGUUGAUAUCUCGGGUGGGGAUGCAGUGUCCGUGCACAAGAUAGCGGAUGUGCCGGAGGCGGGGUGGUUGAAUGGGGUGACCUUUUUUCCUUCGGGGGCCUCGGGGGGUUCGGGGCUCGUGUUGAUGGCCGACUCGGUAAACGGGGUGAUCUGGCAGCUGGAUACGCAGACCGGGAAAUACAGCGUGGCGCUCAACGAUACGGCUAGUAUGGCGGCGUCGCCGACGGAUCCGUUGGGGCUGGGCGUGAACGGGGUGCGCGUGUGGCGCGGCUUCGUGUACUACUCGACUGACUCGGUGCAGGCGGUGUUUCGGGUCCCGGUAAGGUGGGAUGAUUCCUUGCAGACCGUAAGAGCGGCGGGGGCUGUGGAGACGGUGGCGGAGAAGGUCGUGGUAGAUGAUUUUGCGGUCGCGGAGGAUGGCGGGUUGUAUUUGAUGGCCGUGGCCGAUAAUCAGGUGGUUAGCGUUACGGCGGCGGGGCAGCGGUCGGUGCUGGCCGGGGUGAGGGAUAGUGCUUUGGUGGCUGGGUGUACGUCCGCUGUGGUUUCGAGGGAUGGGCGGCGGUUGUUCGUCACGACGAAUGGGGGGCAUAUCACUCCGCCGAGGGGGCGGGAGGAGCCGGCGAAGCUGGUAGAAAUUGUUUUGUAG